GCCUCGACGGCUGCCGUCGACGCGGGCACCGCUGCACUGCUGGGCACCGAUGACCGCUUCGCUGCAGCGCGCGCUUUUUACGGGCGCGUCCUGAAGACGGUGGAAACCCGGAUGGGUGUAUCCAGUACUGAACCACAGAACAGCAUCUUUUCCGCACAUGCGGCGCCCUAUGCAGGACUUUCGUGUGGACGGCGGCUUCCGCAUCUGCAGGUGAAAAUUCCAAUCGCCUCCAGCUCUGAUAUGCGCCUUGCGCGCUUGGACGCGACGACCCGUGGCGAAUUGCAGAAGGUGAUUGCAGGCCUCGUAAACGACAAUGUGGACGGCAUUUCCGCUUUCAAGCCAGAGCUGGUUGCCAUGAAGGUGGCGCCCUCUGGUGUCACCUUCGCGCUGCCUUACCCGUCGGCAGUGGUGCAGGCGGCUGUGACGGGAUUUAUGUCCUCCAUCCCUUUGGAGAGCUAUUUCAAAAGUAGUCUGAAGGACUCCAGCCUCACGUUCGAUCGCAACGCCGCGGUGGUGGACGAGGUCGGGUUUGUGCAGGUGGCAUUUGAGGUGGACAGCACUACCACGAAAAACGCAUUUUUGCCAACCGCAGUGGAGGCUGCGGCGUGGCGCGCGCUACACGGCGCUGCAGCCACGUCUGCGCCACGCAGUGGCGGCACUCUAUUGAAAACCGCAGACGCAGUCGCGGUUACUGAACGUAUCAUCGAACUGCCCUAUCUGGGAGGCGAGACUCAGCGCAACGCACUUGUUGCAGCGGUCACCGCGAAACUGGACACAGUUACGACGCCCAGCGCACCAGUGAAAUCCGAGUUAACCGCGAUUACUAACGGACUGGGGAUCGAUUCGAAUGCCGCGGUCACCUUCGUGUUUCAGGAAUUAGCAGCGCAGGCGCGGCGGAUGCCAAUGGGCGAAAUCGUUUACCCAACUGCCUUCGUUCAAACUGCGUGCACAGUUGCGGGAGGCGCACUUGCGAUGCGCAAGCGUGGCCGCGACGCGAUUCAGACCGAAAUGGAAGCUGCAUUCAAGAGGACAGUCGGCAAGCUGGGUAAAGCGUUCGCUGCGAGUGCAGAAACAAGUUUGGCUGCAAAGUACGCUGCAAGCACCCGCACACAGGGCUAUGACUACCCGCCGAAGGUUGCAGGUGUAAGUGUCGUGCAAACGGACCAGCAGACGAGCUCGGACAGCUUUGAAGUGCUGUUUGCGUUGGAAAGCGUUGCGCCUUCGGCUCUUGCCCGUUUCUUGGUCGAUCUCUCUGCCCAUGCUAGCGGAACGACGUCAGCGGUGGAGACAGCGAUGUCGACAGAUGUCACGGCCAGCCUGGGCACGGGCAGUAACGCGUUUUCUCUUUCGCGUCGUGCGGAGGUCCUCCCGCUCGAGGAGGUGCCCUUAAUCUACUCCUUCUCGCACACGGCUUCGGCAAAGUACGCCGCGGAUGCUACCGCCACGACGGAUGCAGUCAAAAUUGCAGAGCUCAGGUCGCUGUGGUCCACGGAGCUCCGCGCUUUGCUGGGACCGUAUCUGCGGAACAGCGCCGCGGAUCAGACAUUGAUAGCUUCGGUAGAAACCGUCGUGAAAGUAGACGCUGUCCUCGAGCGAGGGACCUCUGAAACCACACACUACCUGACCAUCGCAGUGCCCGGCCAGUUUCCAUCCGUGACGAGCAGCGUGCUUUUGUCGCGGCUGAACGCGGCCGCCCGCCGCGUUGCGUUCCAUGUACUGGUCUCUUAUGGCGACUACUACAGUGCUUCUGCGGCCAAUAUGGUCCCUACUUUAUCGUCUCUGAAUUUUGGCAGCGCAGCGCAGUCGGCCGGACUGGUUUCGGGCUACCCGAAGAAGCGGCGCUUUGCCACUGCGCUGUCGCAGGUCACACUGACGGAUGCGACGAACGACAAGACGGACGCAACCGAGGUCCGCGCCGCGGUGGCCGCCGGUCUGCUUGCUGCAGCAAAGAGCGGGAGUAAGGAUUCUGAGUUCCAUCUCUUCGGCCGGAGUGGCGAGGCACUUGGUCUGGCGCUGCCUGCUUCCGACGGCGCCUCUGCGGUGGAUUCCUACGUCCAAGUGAGUCCGAGCACGAGCGCAAGGAAGUUGUUCGUCGUGUUGCCGUCUUGGGAGCAGUCGGCAGGCCUCUCCUUUGCUGCAACCACGGGGCCGACUAGCGUUUACUCUUCCGCGGGCGUGGGUUCGUCGAGCAGUGGCGGAGCGGCGAGUUUCGCCCUUGGACCCCGUGAUGGUCAGGUUGCGUGGGUGACUUCGUCGGCGCUUAAAAACUGGAACUGUGCUAAUCAUCAGUGCUACGAACGCUUGCGCACCGAGUACGAACGCCGGGCUUGGCGGAGGACCGUCCUCUUGUCCGAGGCUGGUGGCGCCUAUGGGCGCAUGUUGAAUCCCACGGGGAGGACGGGCGACCGAGCGCUAAUUCCAGUCCUGGUCGUCCAGAGCACUUCUGGGGCACCUUUUACAGUGUAUGACUGCAUGCGGGCGUGCGAUGCCUAUGGCCAGAUGUGCCAGGGUGUGGUCCUGCAUAGUGAGCAGCUUGACGGGGGGGCCGCCGGGACCGCGGAGCGCUGCCUGGUCCAGCAGCCGACCGCUGAGGAUGUUGCGGAAUCCUUUUCCUCGGCAUUGAUCAAUUCGGCGCCGGACUGCAGCUCGGCCGUUGACUGUUACGAAAGGAAGCCGGGCUCGCAGAGUACGAUGACUUUGAUGGGAACACACGUGAACGUGAUUUCGAGGAUGUAUCCCCGAACGAUAUGGCCAUUUCCGCUUAUUGACGGUGUGACGCCAUAUCCGGUGGAUGAGACGGUCAUAAAACCCACAAGCUAUCGCGUGGUGCCGGCUCCGCUAGGUGAUGGGUACUACGUGGCUCUCGGUGUGGGCAUGUGCAGAAGCACAACAAUGGUCACGGCAGAAAUGGCUUACCUAGAAAUCCAGUUUAAGAACCCCCUCACUGGCACAUCCGGGCUCACCGCAGAUAGGAAAGACCUUGAGAUCGAAAUGUGGCGGAGUUGUUUUGCAAUGUGCGAUAUUUACAAUCCUACGUGCAAGGGCGUGCAGAUAUACGACAACACGAAUGGUGGCGCAGCCAGCCCUGGAAUACUGACGUGCCACUUGGUCUUGAAACACCAAAUCUCGGACGCGCCGGCGAAAUUUGGCACGGCUCCAUCGACUGUUUUUCCCCCUUACACGGCCGUCACGGUGUCUCCAAUCUCUGGCGCGACAUUGGCAAAUUUCACCUCUCAAAGCGCAACGGUGGACACGGUAAGACUGAAGAGUAAUAUUGGAGAUUACGAGGACCUGAAUAAAGCGGUUUGCUGGGGGAGGCGUAGGAAGGUACGAUACUCCAAGGUUUCCAGCGGCUCCACUUUCGGCAUGUCCUACUUGGGAGGGCGGUCACGCAGCUACGUCCAGCUGAAUACCCAAGAGCCACUCACACUUGCUGAGUGCGAUAUCGUCUGUAGGCAUCUGGGGGAUGCAUGCGAGGGAUACAUGCGCUCGCCCAAGGGCGCGGCGGCGAACGAGAAGGCGGUUUGCGUACUUCAGCUUCUUAGUCCAAGCGAGGGACAGUGCAUUAUGGAUAUGCUGGGCAGCGAUUCCGAUGAGGUAGAAGAGAUAGCAGAAGAGUUGAAGAAGGAAUUUGAGAGAAGAUGGACAAUUCAAGUGGGAUCAACCCAGCAUAUUGACGACGUGGAGGCGUUCGGCAAGACGAGCCGAGAACUAACACCUUAUUACGUCGUACCGGGCAAAUCCUACGGCGUUGCGAGUAGGAACAGUGAGGAGGCGGACACCAGGAUGCGGUAUCACCCUCUUGAACACGGACUGCACCCGGUCCCGGCGGUCGUCUACCACGUUUCCAUGAGCGCCACGAACACAGAGCAUUUUGCUCCGCUCGCCGAUGCCUCGGGCCGAACCGAUGGACAAUGCAAGAAAGCCGAUAGCAGUGCAGAUGACGUCACCCUAGAACGCGGUCACAAAAAAGAUAUGGGCCACGGUGGCGACGACUAUGACAUAGUUCAAGAGUGCUUCGAUGCGUGUGAAGAUUUCCCCGAGUGCAUUGCCAUUACGGUGAAGCUCAGGAGCUCGGACAAGCAUACCAUUUGUCGGCUACAGAUGUCGUCCUGCCCGGCAAGUGGGCCGAAAGCUGGUUGGACCGACAACUGCGGCACAGCAACGAUUGAGCCCUUCACGCUGGCGCUAGAUCGCUCCGCAACCGGCGGCACACACACUUGCUGGCAACGCGUGAUUAAGAGCGAAGUCCCAGACUUCGCCAAUGGUGGGAUGUUGGCGCACGGUGCCGCGGGCGUGUGGUUCAAAAAGCUAGCUGAUAGGAUGGAGCCAUUCACCGCGGUAUUCCGGAAAGGUUUGGCGCCCGACGCCGCCACAACGAAUCCUGUUGACCAGGGGAGUCGUCGCUUGGUCGUGCUCGGAAAAACUGAAGAAAAUUCGCCACAUCGCUGCGUUGUAUUCUGCGAGUCUUUUACCUUCUGCGUGUCGUUUUUCACAGUCCUACACCAAGCGUCUGGUGAAGAUUUUUGCGCCUUGGUACUCGAUACUCAGAGCCAAGUCGGGGAGCCCGACUUACCAACACUCAAGGAUGAGGACUGCGAGUUUACGCUGAAAAAGCUAACCGUGCAAAGCAACAUCGAUCCCUUCGGGAUUUCGUUCUACGAGAAGGGAACUUAUGCAGCGAGCACUAGGGACGAGCAUACCCAAUUUGCGACCAUUUCCUUGGCUUCCGCAUCCGCGGUCGCAACCACGGCUGUGGACGGACUAGCACCAGUCUCCGGCGUGGGAUACAGCAGUACUUCCAGCGCGACUGCAUUGUCGCCUUGGAAUCUGUAUGGGAACAGCAAUGCGGAACUCUCGGCCGCGGAUGCGGCUUUCGGGCACAGUGCGUUUGCGAGCGCCGCGCAAGACGCGAUGCAGCUCUUCCUCACGGCUCCGGUGCGCGCUUCCUAUUCGACACCAGUGCCAGUUUUUGCCGGCGUAGCAUUCUCUAACGUCGCGACGCUGCUGGGUGCGGUGCGAGGGUCGGAUGGCGGUUCCGAGUUCACGGGUGGCAAUUUCGUGACAAGCAGCCUGCUCAGCCCUGUUGAGAAGUUAUUUGCGCUGCGCACGGGCCACUCCAAGGUGCUCUUCGUGCAGACGCGGCUGCAGCUGUCAUACGACACGGCCAACGCAGCGCAUGUCGCAAAAGUUAGUGCACUGCGCGCGGCCAGUGUGCGUACCGGCUUCCAAGAAUGGACAUCCAAUAGCAGCGAGAACAAGUUCUACCUCUUUCUGCAGGCCCUGAAAACUGCCCUCGCGGCGGCCUUUGGGGCGCACGCUUCCAAGCUUCAGCAUGCUUUUUCCGGUGUCUUCACCAGCGAAACGGAAGUCGAGGUCCGCAUUCCCAUUUCCGUGCCUGACUUGGACGUGGCUGAUGCGAGCGUGACAGCGGUAGCGCUCGGCCUUUUUUCGCAAUGCUCCACGAGUGCGACGAGUGUAGCGAGUACACUUCUCCCCGCCCUGAACACUGCCAUCGCAAACAUAGUACAAAUCCAGGGCCUAGUUCUUACCGGACUCACGGCCACACAGCCCGCGCGCUUGGCUUCCACUAUAUCAGGGCGCAUGGUGGUUGCGGCGGACAGUAACACGCCUGACAGUGCGACGGUCGCCAAGGCUGUGGCCCGCGCGCUGACAAGUGGCAGCGGCAACGCUUUUGGGAUGAAGCCGAGCCAGGUUUUGCUGAUCGCCGACACUGCCGCCGUGGCAAACGCGGCAAGCGGGACUGUCGCGGUGUUCGACUUCUACGUACCAGGGCGCCUGACACCAGGAAGCGGGUAUGAGAAUUCGGAGAGUGGGUACGCUUACGCCUGGCACCUAUUCCACCAGAAUACAGGGUCGGAGAAUGGUGCCGCAACCGCGGAUUUGGAUCGCUCACCCUUUGCAGUCCUGGUCGAGGAGAAUCUCAGGCGUACGCACGGGAGCUUGGCUCCAAAUCUCGCGGUUUCGGUGCUUUCCGGAAGUGUCGAGGAGAGUUCUUUCGUACGAUUCAUGGCACGGCAAACAGGUUCGCUGGCCACGGACGCGCGGUAUGUGUCGCGUCUCGCGGCGGCCACCGCAGUGGAGAUGACGGCGCUACAGUUGCAGGGCGCUGCGGGCUCACUGAC